AUGUCUAAACAAGAACAGCAACAGCUGCCCAACUAUGGGCCAACUGAUUAUGUCAAAUUCUUUGGUGCCGGUGCCCUUGCGGCAACCCUCACACAUGGCGCAGCAACGCCAAUCGAUGUCGUCAAGACAAGGAUACAAGUCGACGAUGCUAUGAAGGGCCUCAACAUGAUAAAAGCAGGACGCACAAUCGUCGCCAACGAAGGCGCAGCCCUCCUCACGGGCUUCGGUCCCACAGCUGUUGGAUACCUGAUCCAAGGUGGCGGAAAGUUUGCAGGCUACGAGUUCUUCAAGAAGAAGUUCAUAGAAAUGAGCGGGUCCACCGAGAAGGCAACCCAACGACGAACCGCCAUCUACCUCGGCGCGUCCGCAACCGCAGAGUUCUUUGCCGACAUCGCCCUGUCACCGCUGGAGGCAACGCGCAUCCGUCUCGUGAGCCAGCGUGGCUAUGCAAGUGGUCUUGCCACAGGUUUCAUGCGGAUGGCGAGGGAGGAGGGCCUCAGGGGUUUCUACUCGGGCUUCGUGCCGCUGCUAUUCAAGCAGGUGCCGUACGCGGUGGGCCAGUUCUCCGUGCACGAGGCCGCCAACGAGAUGAUCUACCGUGCCAUGGGACCCGAGAAGAAGGCGAAGCUCACGCAGCUCGAGUCCACCGGCGUGGAGCUGACCUCGGGCAUCGUCGCCGGUGUUGCCGCGGCCGUGCUGUCCCACCCCGCUGACACCCUGCUGUCGGCUAUCAACAAGGGCGCGGGCGACAAGUCGCAGAGUACCACCGCGCGGAUGUUCACGCUGGCGCGGGAGUUUGGCCCCAAGAGGCUGUUGACUACUGGGCUGGGCCCGCGUGUGGUCAUGACUUGUGGGCUGGUCGCUGGACAGUUUGUGAUUUACGCGCAGUGCAAGGCGCUUGUUGGUGCCCCGCCCGGGAUUGAGAUUCAUAAAGAGGAGUCGCUGGCGUGA